GCCGCAUUAAAGAUAAGAAACGGCGGGUACUGAGGCGAGUCUCUGGUGUUAGUUUCGUUUUCGAAUGUGUGUGGUGAGGACCGCGUGAUAUCAAACAUCACUCCAGACUACGUUCCAGACGCGCGCGACUGGACGACAUUCGCGCGCGUGGAGAUCGCAAAUAUUUGCUGAGAUUAAGUGCUACCAGCCCAGCGAGUUCCCAACACAAGGAGUUGGGUGACGCCUGGGGUCGGAAAUAUCCCGACCAUGUCUAAUUAUAGCACGACCGUGUCUGCUCCGUUUUGUGGUCAGAACGUACAGCAACACCAUCAUCAUGCGACCAUCAAAAGCAAUCUGAACAAGCAAAUGACUGAAGAUUUUACAAUCAACAUCCAACGAUAACCACGUCGAUGCGCGCACUUUGCUGUCCUCGGUUCAUUGCUCCAGCGACGCUAAUAGGGGACGAAGGUGAUAUUCUAAGCAGCCGCACUAUUCAAAGAACACGGAGACCAUGGAAGCAGAUUGUGAAUCCGCUCGACGGCGUGACAGCUGGGAUCACCGGGAAGAUUUCCCUCAAGUUGGAAGUCUUGUAGCUCGGUACUUCAAAGGUUUGUGGACUAAGGAUACGCUCUACCGUCGUUUACCGGUCUUGCAAUGGGCUCCAGCGUAUGGAGCAAAAAGUUUACUGUCGGACUUUAUCGCCGGCGUGACGGUGGGGCUCACUUCCAUCCCUCAAAGCAUCGCCUAUGCAACGGUGGCAAACCUGGAACCGCAGUACGGGCUUUACUCCAACUUCAUGGGUUCGUUCGUGUACGCUUUCCUGGGAUCGGUCAAAGAAAUCACAGUAGCACCGACAGCUGUAAUGGCACUCAUGGUGCAACAACCGGUACACGAUCUUGGAGCAGCCGGUGCCAUACUGUCGUCCUUUUUGUCCGGAUGCAUCAUGCUGCUGUUGGGGUGUCUCAACUUUGGCUUUCUUGUCCAGUUCAUCUCGAUACCGGUGAUCACGGGAUUCAUCACAGCCGCCGCGAUCACAAUCAUAAGCAGCCAGCUGAAAUCACUGAUGGGCAUUGCUUCAUCGGGAAAAUCCUCCGAAUUCGUUGACACGUGGAUUAAUCUCUAUGAAAACAUCGGAGAAACACGAUUGUGGGAUUCUGUGCUCGGUUUUAGCUCGCUGGCAAUACUCAUUUUUCUCACCAUCAUCAAAGGCCGUGGAACGGGCCGAUGGAAAACCAUAACCAAAUACGUCUGUUUGCUGCGUAAUGCAAUGAUCGUACUCAGUGGUGGGCUGAUGGCGUACAUCUUCAGCACGCAAGAGAAGUUUCCGUUCAGGCUUACCGGGAAGGUCGCAUCAGGAUUGCCUUCCGUUCAGUUGCCACCGUUUACAACGAACCACGAAGGGCAAGAGUACGAUUUCAUUGACAUGAUACGCACCCUCGGUACAUCCGUUAUUUCUAUUCCGCUUAUCUCCAUCCUCGAAAUCGUAUCGAUCGGCAAAGCGUUCUCGCGCGGUAAGCUGGUGGAUGCAACGCAGGAAAUGCUUUCGCUAGGAUGCUGCAAUGUUGCCGGCUCCUUUGUAUCAUCCAUCCCGACGACUGCAUCCUUUGCCCGGUCGGCCAUCAAUAGCAGCAGCGGAGUAGUCACACCGUUCGGAGGAGUAUUCACGGGCGUACUGGUGCUGCUCGCCCUCGGACUGCUGACGGAUUACUUUUUCUACAUUCCCAAAUCCACACUGGCUGCCGUAAUCAUUGCAGCCAUGAUCUUCAUCAUCGAGUAUCGCGCGGUAGCAGAAAUGUGGCGCACGAAGCGACUCGAUAUGGUCCCCUUCGUGGUGACUGUGGUGGCCUGUCUGUUUUUGGGGCUGGAGAUCGGAAUCGUCAUCGGAAUAGCUGUGAAUCUGUGCUUUCCCUUAUAUCUAGCGUCGCGACCAAGAAUCACUCAUCAAGUGAUGAAUGUCAACGAAACGGCAGUGCUAGUGGUGCGACCCGAUAGCGAUUUGGCUUUUUCUUCGGCGGAGUACUUCAGGGAAAAGAUUCUUAAGCUGGCCACUCGCACGCUUCCCGAUGUUAUCCUGAUCGACGGAGAAUGGGUCAAGUUUGUGGACAGUACAGUCGUGCGGAAUCUCUCUAGCACUAUCAGCGAUUUGCGGCAACAGGGACGCCACGUGUUGCUGUGGCGAUGGGACAAAAACAUACGCAGCGCGUUGUACCGCUUUAAGAAACACAAAUUCUUGCCCCUAUUCAGAAAUGACGAAUGUGCUGAACAAGCCGUUACCAACUGGAAAGGAAGUUUUGAGAAUGGAGCGUUUGAAAAUAAAUUAUAGCCACAAACAAAAC